ACGAAAAUACUACAUGGAAUUAAAUAAAAAAUAUAUACAUUUAAGAAAUGAAUUAAAUACAUUACAGUCACAGUUGUGGCAGUGCGUGGGUUAAAAAUCCCUCACAUUUAAUUGGUGGAGUAGGCGGGACUUCCGGGAGAGAACAGGUUGGACAUAAAGUGUCAGACUUCACCUCCUGAAAUUAGGAAGAAAAACCCGAAGGACCACGCUUUGCGAGUCAUAAAACAGCUGGGGAUGAUUUUCAGACAUGGACGACAUAAACCUUCAUUAUCGCUUUCUGAACUGGAGGAGACGGAUUCGAGAAAUUCGUGAGGUGCGAGCAGUGCGGUACCGGGAUCGGUGGAGGAACAUGUUCAGAGAAGGUGACAUACUCAGGUAUCAUGGGGAUUCAGAUGAGGUUGGCUGUUUUGUGGCAGCGAGACCACUGUCAAAAAAGAGGCGCUAUUUUGAAGUGACUGUCAAUGAUACAGGAGUGAGGGGGAUGAUUGCUGUUGGUUUGGUGCCUCAGUCCCACAAUCUGGAACAUCAGCCUGGCUGGCUCCCGCACUCUGUAGCUUUUCAUGCUGAUGAUGGCAAGCUCUAUAAUGGGAGCACGGUUGGACAGCAGUUUGGUGCCAAAUGCUGCAGAGGGGACAAAAUUGGUUGUGGAAUAUCAAUUGUCUCUGACGAUGGACAGAUAACAGUGUUUUUUACCAAAAACGGUGAAGAAAUCGGCAGUGUUGAGAUCCCAGCAUCUCCUGAUGAUCUUUACCCUGCAGUGGGGAUGCACUCGUUGGGGGAAGAAGUGGUUUUGGACCUGAAUGCUGAAUGGAGGGUGGAGGAUGAUGAUGGACAGAUGAUAGUUGAUAGCCAUGAAGAGGACUGGAGCCGUCUCCAUGACAUCAAAGCGACUGGCACGCUGCUGGAGUACACAGGGAAAGGGAAGAGCAUCGUGGACGUGGGCUUGGCUCAGGCCUGUCGACCUCUCAACCCUCGCUUCCACUACUACGAGCUGGAGAUCACAGAUGCUGGAGAGAAGUGUUACAUCGCCCUGGGGCUGGCACGCAAGGACUACCCAAAGGACAAACAUCCAGGUUGGAACAAAGGGUCCAUAGCUUAUCAUGCAGAUGAUGGGAAGUUGUUCCACGGCAGUGGGGUCGGGGACCCCUUUGGGCCGCGCUGUUUUGAAGGAGACAUUAUGGGCUGCGGGAUUAUGUUCCCACGUGACUUCAACAUCGAUGGCGGAGAUGAUUUAGAUGACUGGGACUUCGAAGUGGCUUCUAGGCCCAGCGAGGUGCAGAACAACCUGUAUGCAAACAAUGACGAGGAGGAGGAGGAGGGCGAAGAUUUAGAGGGCAGAAAGGUCAUGGUGUUUUUCACACGGAACGGGAAGGUGGUGGGGAAAAGGGAAGUGUCCUUACCACCCAGCGGUUUCUAUCCCACUAUUGGGAUGAUGAGCACUGGGGAGAAGGUCAGAGUUGAACUGCACCCCCUCAGUGGUUGACUGAAACCAGAACGAAGACAAGUGAAAAUCUUCAAGAUGAUAAAUGAUUCCUCCAAAUCUUCACUGCACCUUUAUGGUGUAAACAUCACUUUACAUGCUGACUAAACACAUCCUAAAGUAAGAUCUUUAUAAGACAUUUGUGCCUAGAGAAACAGCUUUAUUAUGAAAUGAUUUUUGUACUGUAAGAAACUGUUGAAGCAGUCUGAUUUUGGAGGUAAAUGUUAUGCUUUUUGACUGUUUGAUCAAACAGUGUGAAUUUAAACAAAAUGCCAAAAAGGGGUCUGAAUGUAAAAGUCCAAAUGGAAAAGACCUCAAUGACCAAACCGAUCAGCAAUAAUAUAAAUAAGCAAAGCUGUCCUGGUUAAAAGAAAGUACACCCUCUAGUAAUUCUAGUGUUUUAAUGAGUUUCUAGAUCUAUUUAAAUUUAAUCUCAAGUGUACAAAACUAAAGAUGUGAUUUAUUUAUUACACAAUGAUGAAGCAGAAAUGGAAAAACCCUAGAAAUUAAAGGGGGUGUACUAUCUUUUAACCAUGACUACGAUGGUCCUUUACUGCCACCUAGUGGUGAGAGAGCUCAGUUUUCUAAGGAAGCAGCAGUGAGCCGGUAAUACUGCCUGCAGUGAUUCAGGCAGUGAGGGUCAUUUCAUGAAGUCAACACAGUAUGCUUGGAGGACGUUGUUUCAGAUAACUGAGGAAAUAAAGUGCAAUAACAAUUUGUGGAAAUCAAAACUAUUUUUAUGCUGGUUGUUAUCUUGCAAUAAAAAAGUGUAUCUUAAAGCUUUUAAACGAUGUUGUUUGAUCUGGUAUCAUUUCAUCCCAGCUGUAGAUGCUAUUGAAACAACCUAUAGCCUCAAUCCAGAAGAUUAGACUAUAUUGACGUGAGGAAAACAGACUUUGAUGUCCUCACUGAGCAGAUGGUGAAAGCAUUUUAAACUUGUAAACUCCACCAAGGUGAUACUAGACGAGGUUCAGCAGGAAUUAAAAUGCAAAACAAUCUGUGAAAUACUAACAAUUUUUCUCUAAUAGCUAUGCUGGAUCUUUUGGCAGGUUGGUUUCCUUUGAUUUGUAGGAAACUCUGAAAUGUGUUUUUGACGGUCUCUCUUUCUCUGGACACUUGGGAAUUUAAAUAUUCCCAAAGAAUGAUCACAAAUAAUUUAUCACAAAGGUGUGUUUACUUUCUGUUUUCUUUUUCAUGUUUUUGAUAUGACUUCAAAUGUGUUUUGUCUGUUUAGAAACAUUUGCUAUUCAGGUGAAAAUACACAAUGCUUCUUUAUUCUGACAUGGCUUCUUUUAACCUCAACACCUACACCUAAAAUGUGCUGAUUUUUAUGUUUUCUUUUGUUUGUCUUUGGAAAGGAAAGGGGUUGAAUUACACAUAAACACCAAAAAUUAUUUUUUUUUACUCAUUAAACAAGAGCUAUCAGCAGUACUGUGUUUUUAGAUGAGAAAAAGUUAGGACACCCUAACCCCCUAAAGCUAGUCUUACCCCCUUUAGUUGAAAUGGCGUCAGUGAGAAGCUCCUUAUAGUCACCUACGAGUCUCUGACAUCGGCCUGAGGAAGGUGCCACAAUCCUCACUUUCCACUGUGAGAUGUUUGAGUAGGUUCAUGCAAGUACAGUUUGUUUCAAGUCACCUAACAGUAUCUGUUAGUGAGAUCAAGACCUGAGCUUUGACUUGGCCAUUGUUUGCUUUCGCUUUCCGAUUUUUUUUUAGCCAGUCCUGGAAAUUGGUUUGUUUGAUGGUUCCACAUUUUCCUAAACAUUCUUCUGAUACAUGGUAGAAUUCAUGGUGGAUUCUUUGAAGAUAAGUUGACCAGGUCCUGCUGCAGCAAAACAUCCCCAAACCAUGACACCUCCACCUCCAUGCUUCACUGGUGGUAUGAGGUUCUUUUCCUGUAAUGCUGUAUUUGGUUUAAGCCAAACAUGUCCUCUGUUAUGGUGUCCAAAUAAUUUAAUUUCAGACCCACAUUUGUUUCUCAUGAUUGUAAAUUAAUGAAAGAAAUUCUACAUUUAUUAAAAUUUUAUUAAAAAAAAAAGAAAAUAUGAAAAUUGUUUGAUUAAAAUAAAUCGAAGUAUUUUAGAGGUUGGUAUCAAAUCUCACAUGAGGAAAACUACAAGGAUGAAUAAUUUAACCCUUUCAGGAGAGGAUUUGAAGAUCAUGCAUCUGUUUUCACCUCUUCAAAAUUAAAAUGUUAAUCUAUAUUUUGAAAUUAAAGCCAUAUUUGCUCUCAGGUAUAAUAGAUGAUCUUAAAUGUGCCCUUUUUAGUUUCUUUUGAGUUUUGUGAGUUUUGCUCUGUAUAACUUUUGCUUGUUUUUGCCAAAAUUGUUCUGCUUUUUCUGGUCAUGAUUUUUUACUUCUUAAAGAUUUUUCCUUUAAUGUUUUCCAAGACAGUGUCACAUAUCUGUUCAGAAAACCUUUCUAAAGAUUUUCUGGUGCUGUUAGUCAGUGACGAUGACUACAUUUAAGGGCUCACCUAUCUUUUUUUCCUUGCCAUGUCAGGCUGUUUUGUCAGCUACAUUUGCACGUGCCUGUAAAGCUGUACCUUAAACACAUACGGAUGUCUUAACAUGAGACCCAACGAGCAGUUUGUGCUGUAUGCAACUUUGAGCCUUUUUCCUUUAUGAAAUAAACUGCCACAGAAAGAGGAUUUGGGUAUAAUGUGAUUAUUAGAGAUUGAUCAGGAUGGAAACAUAAAGGUCUGCAAAAAAUGAAAGACAUGUAACGGAUUUCAACCUUUGCUGGAAUAUUUGAUCAAGUUUAAGCAAGUUUUUUUUUUUUUUUUUUUAAGUUCAUUUGAUACGGAGUUGCUGCUAUUUAUGUGCUGAAAAAUGCUUGGUAUAAAAUCACAUCAUCCUGUACUGUAGUGGGUGUUUUCCUGUUUAUUUUUUUUAUUUUCUCUAUUGUUUGCUUGUGAUGAUGAGGCCAUGGAAUGGUCUUCAGUUAAAUAUCUUAAGUUGAAAUAUGUCCUUAAUUGUACUUUUUCUCCUUUCACCUCUGUUUUUUAUGUUUAAAGCAAUAAUGCAAAAAAUGUUAAUAAAUUAAUAUUUAAACUCA